AUGGCAACAGGAAAAGGACGUGGAACGGGAAACUUAACGUCCCGAGCUCCUACGCCUACUCCUACCAGUUCCGUAGUCAAAACUCGUUCCUCAGCUCGUAAUACGGUCUCCCUAUUACUCACAAAGGAAGAAAUAAUGCAGCAAGAAUUCGAUGUUAUGGAUAUAAAAAGCGGGAAAGCUUUUCUGGCAAAAUCUUCAUUCCGUCCUGCGGGCGAGCCAUUCACUCCCGCAAGUCUCUUACUAACGAUAUUACAUAUAACGCAGUACCCGGGUAUCCCUCGCAUCGUCAUUGAAGGUCUACGAGCAGCAUUCCUACUCCUCGAAGACGAUGCUCUCAAUACACCAACGAACGCCCCCGAUUUCUCACAACAACUCUCAGAAACCCUCACCAACAGUCUCACAGCUCACGUCAUCGCGGCAAUUUCGCCUCAAGUCGCGGCCGUCUUAUCAGCCUCAGAACUAAUCAAGACAAAAGCAGAGGAAUUGGCACAGAUGAAAUUAAAUCUGAUGGGUUCUCAAGACACACCAAAUGCGGCAGAAGAAGCAGCACAACGUGCAGAACGCGCGGCAGACGCAGUGCUCCACAGUAUCUCUGAUGUUAAAACCGCCAUGGAUUUACUAACUCCCUCCCUCAGUGCUACCCAGUCCAGCAUCGACAAAAUGUCUACUCAGCCGACUCCCAAUCAAACGGGCCCCACUCAAAUCGAAACAGUUAAAUCAUACAGUGCUGCAGUACAACAACAUACUGCACCUUCGGCCCCAAUUUCGGCAGCUUUGACACGCGCAGCAACACGAGAACGCCAAAUACUGUUUGAUCCCGCCCCCGGGAAAACCCUCUUCGACACCAAUGCCAGCCCAGCGGACAUAGCAACAAAAAUGAAAGCAUCUUUCUCAGCAGUGCAAACAGAGGACGCCCCUUCCAUCCAAGUCAAGGCCACCAUAAGAUUACGUAAUGGUGGUCUCAUUAUAGAACUAACCUCUACAGACGCAGCCAACUGGAUACGUCUACCAGAGAACAGACUCAAAAUCAUUGAAGUCCUCGGAAUUCCAGCGUCGAUCAAAGAACGUAGAUUCUCUAUUAUAGUACCCUUCAUGCAAAUGUCCUCCGAAAUCGAAAACACUGACUGGCUACGCCUAGUGGAGGAAGAAAACGACCUCAAUAAAGGCGCCAUCGAAUCAGCUCAAUGGAUCAAACCACGUCUAAGGAGAGCGCCCAAUCAGAGAGUUGCUCAUGCCAUUCUUCACUUCACAGACUCCAACGCCGCCAAUAUCGCACUACGAGACGGCCUAUAUAUCAACAAAGAAAAAUUACACCCACGCAAGGACAAGAAAGAACCAGUACGCUGUGUCAAGUGUCAACUAUGGGGUCACAUCGCUAGGGAUUGCCAUGCGCCCCGAGACACGUGUGGAACAUGUGGUAACACUCAUCGCACAAGCGACUGUCACGCAUAUAAGACUUUCUACUGUGUCAGUUGCGAUUCACAGGAACAUGCCAGUUGGAACAGAAGUUGCCCGGAAUUCGAGAACCGUUGCGCUGGGCAUCGACGCCAAACAUCCAGAAAACUCAAUGCCCUUCUUCCCCACACAUGA